AUGUGUGGAGCUACUACAAAAGCCAAAAAACAUACCCCAAAAAAGGCCCCACCACAAAGUAAAGAUGCUUUGACUCUAGGAGUUAGGUCCAGUGGUAGAAGAAAACAGCCCACUGCCCCACAUUUAAUAUCAAAAAAACCCCCAUUGGAUACUGAUGCCUCCUCACCUACUGAAAAGAAAACCCCCAGCUCACUCAUUCAUAAUGCACCUAAACAAAAAGCAGAUCUGGCUUCAGGUUUUAAACAACCAACUGCAUCCACCAAAACCCCUUCCACCAAAACAAAGAAGAAAACCACUUCACCAGUUGAACAUCAAAGACAACCAAGUGCAUCUGUUGAUGACUUUGAGUGGUAUGAUAAUAGGCCUGACAGUCCACUCACUUUGAAUGAGUUGAUUGGAGACUACAGUGAAGAGAGUGAUAGUGGAGAUCCAACAUUUGUGCCUGAGUGUACUACAGAUAAGGGGAAGGGAGUUGGUUUAGGAGACAGUAGUAAGGGGAAGGGAGUAGUUUUGGGAGACAGUAGUAAGGGGAAAGGAGUAGUUUUGGGAGACAGUAGUAAGGGGAAGGGAAAAGUUGUUGCUGAAGUGUACAGUGAUGUGGAUACUGAUGAUGAUUCAGGGUUUGAAGAUGAGGAAGAUUCUUUUUUAGAGCACUUAGAUCCAGAGGUUGAGGAUGAGUUCGAGGAAGAAAUCUUAGAGGAGCAGCAACAAUUUGAUUCAGAUGUUAGUGAUGAUGAGUACAACACUGCUAGAGAGAGAGUGAAUGCUUGGAACAAGGGGAUAGUAGAGCUAGCCCAGAAUUUGCAAAGGGAAGCAGCUGCAGGGAGGCUUAGUUCACAGGCUGAGCCAACAGAAGGAGAAGAUACUAUCACUGGUGCUCAUGCAACUUUAAGUGAUGCAGACAGUGAGGAAGAUGAAGACACCCCACCAUCUUCUGAAGCUGAGGAUGAUGGUGUAGGUAGAAGAAGGAGAUCUAGUCUUUUAGUAGGCCCUAACACUGAUUUUAGUCAAUUUAAGUGGAAAGUAGGGUAG